UUAUCAGACCAUCAGUAUUCUGACGAUAAUAAAACGUAUGUAUACAUAUAUUUAUGAUGAAUGAUUUUUCAUUGAUUCAAAAGCAAUGUUGUUUAAACUGAAAGAUCCUGUAAGGAAACUACUAUAAAAGAAGUUUUUAUUCAAAAGGGAUUAGUUUAAAAUGCUUUGGCUAGCAUCAGUGGUUUGUAUUUCAAUAUUCUGGGCACCAUCCGUCUCGAGUUCUGAUCUUGCUUCCAAACCGAAGCCAGUGGACCUUGCAUAUUCUUGUUUACGAGCAUCUGAAGACACUUGUAGCAGUGAUGAUGUGCCUAUUAUUCUAAUACAUGGCCUAUCAAGUUUUAAAGAGUCGUGGAAAGGUAUUUCCGAGGUUUUAGCUCUAAAAACAGGGAAAAAAGUUUGCGUAGCAGAUCUACGAAAUCACGGAGAGAGUCCAUGGAGUGAUGAAGCGGAUACUGCAGCUAUGACUGAAGAUAUCAAGCAUUUGUUGGAUAAACUUGAGAUUCCAAAGGCAGUUGUGCUUGGACACAGUUUGGGUGGUAAAGUUACAGUUCACCUAGCUCUUAAUUACCCGGAACGAGUUGAAAAAGCAAUAGUUGAAGACAUGAGGCCAAAUGGUUUGAGUACAGAAGGUAUAGAAGAAUUGUUUUUAUAUUUAAAUUUGUUUAAAGACAUCGAAACUCUCAUACCCGAAGGAGUCUCGGAAAGAGAAGCAAAAGAAAUAUUUCUGAAGAAUUUUAAUGACUAUCUAGGGAAGAGUAAUACGUCUUUGUCUUAUGAUGAUCCUGAAAUGUUUCCUAUUAAAUGUAUUGAUGGAAAAUGCCGUUGGGGUACAAAUACACUACUCUUUAAAAUGUUAAUGAAGGAUAUUAACUCUUUGUGGACUGAAAGCUCUGGGCGUUUUGAUGGGCCAGCGCUUUUUAUAUAUGGUACUAAAUCCAAUUUUAAAAUUGGUGAUGAUGAAAGCAAUAUCAAGAAACUGUUUCCGAAUGCGAAACUUGUUGGCGUAAAGGGAGCCGGUCACGUGGUGCACGAAAAUCCGGAAUUCAUGACUGAAGUCAUCAAGUUCAUUAAAGAAUCAAAUUUUGAACAUUAGAGUUCAUAAUACAAGAUUCUUUUUUUUUUAUGAAUUUGUUUGAAGAAAACAAAUAUCUCUUUCACACACUCUUCACUUUCACUUUUCUUCACACUCUUUCACCGUCUGAAAGAAUCAGU